AUGGGCGAAAAAAUCGAGACGACGACCGUGAUCAUCGUGGGCUCGGGCCCAUCGGGCCUCUCGACCGCGGCCCACCUACACCACCUCUCGAUUCCCUACAUCCUCCUCGAGCGAGAGGACACGUUCGCGCCCUUGUGGCAGAAGUUUUGCUACGACCGUGUCCACCUUCACCUCGACAAACGCUUUUGCCAGCUCCCGUUCGCACCCUUGCCCGAUGACACACCCGGCUACAUGUCCCGAGCUGACUUCGUGGCCUACCUUACUGACUACGUGUCGCGGUUCGAAAUCGAACCAAGGUACGGCCAUAGGGUUGUCGAGGCGAAGCACGACAAGGAGUCGUGUUGGUGGGAUGUAAUUGCGGUCGCGUCUAAUAAUAAUAAUAAUGAUAAUAAUAAUAAUAGUGAUAAUAAUAAUAAUGAUGAUGAUAAUAAUAAUGUUGUGGGGCCCACGGAGAGGUAUCGGUCGAGGUUUUUAGUGGUGGCGACAGGGGUGACGUGCGACCCGUGGGCCCCACCAGUGGAGGGGCUCGAGGGGUUCGGAGGGGAGGUGGUGCACUCGACACAGUAUAAAAACGGGGCGAGGUUCUCGGGAGAGAGAGUGUUGGUGGUCGGAGCCGGGAAUUCCGGAAUGGAGAUCACGCUCGAUUUAGCUAACCAUGGGGCCAAGGCCUCAAUAGUCGUGCGGAGCUCGAUGCACGUAAUUUCGAGGGGAAUGGCUUACGUGGGAUUGGUGCUGUUGAAAUACGUACCUAUGAGUUGGGUUGACAUUAUGUUGACCGUGAUGAGUAAGGCCGUGUUUGGCGACCUCACAAAAUAUGGAAUCCAAAAUCCUAAGGAGGGCCCAUUUACCAUGAAAGUCAAAUAUGGUAAAUAUCCUGUUGUUGACGUGGGAACAAUCGGCAUGAUCAAGACUGGUAAAAUUCAGGUGUUGCCAGGGAUAAGCUACAUUAAAGGCAAUAAGGUGCUGUUUGAGAAUGGGAAAGAAGAUAUAUUCGAUGCAAUUGUGAUGGCUACAGGAUUCAAACGGUCUACCAAACAGUGGCUUAAAGAUUGUUAUUUGCUUAAUGAUGAUGGGCUUCCUAGAAAUUCCUACCCUAACCACUGGAAGGGCAUUAAUGGGCUGUACUGUGCUGGGCUGGCCCAUAGAGGACUGCCAGGAGCGGGCAUUGAUGCCCAGAAAAUAGCCCAUGACAUCAAGAACCAGCUCUAAUUUAUUUAUUAUUUACCCCUAUCGUUUCUUGUACUAAGUAUUUGCAGCAUAUCUGAAAUUUGAAAUUUGAAGAAUAAAAGUUACAAUAACUUAAUUGUGUUUUC